AUGGGGAAUGCCUACCGAGAGUGCUUGGAGAAUGGGACGUGGGCUUCACGGAUCAACUACUCACAGUGUGAGCCCAUUUUGGAUGAUAAGAGGAAGUACGACGUGCACUACCGCGUCGCCCUUGUUGUCAACUACCUGGGUCACUGCGUUUCUGUGGCCGCCCUCGUGGCCGCCUUCCUGCUUUUCCUGGCCCUGCGGAGUAUCCGCUGUCUGCGGAACGUGAUUCACUGGAAUCUGAUCACCACCUUUAUCCUGCGCAAUGUCAUGUGGUUCCUGCUGCAGCUCAUCGACCACGAAGUGCAUGAGAGCAAUGAGGUCUGGUGCUGCUGCGUCACCACCAUCUUCAACUACUUCGUGGUGACCAACUUCUUCUGGAUGUUCGUCGAGGGCUGCUACCUGCACACGGCCAUCGUCAUGACCUACUCCACCGAGCACCUGCGCAAGCGGCUCUUCCUCUUCAUCGGAUGGUGCAUCCCCUGCCCCAUCAUCGUUGCCUGGGCCAUUGGCAAACUCUACUAUGAAAAUGAACAGUGCUGGUUUGGCAAGGAGCCUGGCGACCUGGUGGACUAUAUUUACCAAGGCCCCAUCAUCCUUGUGCUCCUGGUACUGAGACAGCCAGGCGACGGGGCCGCUGAUGGCAAGAAAAGGGUGUGUGGACUUCUAUUCAGCCCAGACCUACAUCCCCCUCUGCCUCCAGCGACCCCCUCUGAGGCCCAGCCCACCGCCCCCAGCCUGGAGCGGUGGUACCAGAAUGAAGCCUGAUGAGCAAUUGUUCCU